AUGGACUUUUUUUUCAAAAGGUCAUUUCUGGAGCCCAAGCCGCUGCUUGACCAGCUUCCUACGAAGGCCGGCUCUGAUGUUGCGUCUCCUUCUCAAUCGUUGACCAUUGCGAUAGCUAUUAGUGGGAGCAGCAAAAGCAAGAAUAUAGUUAAGUGGGCGCUCAAUAAGUUCUCUUCUGACAAGAACGUCGUCUUCAAGCUGAUUCAUGUCCAUUUAAAGAUUACUUCCAUACCUACACCUUCUGGAAAGAUAGUCUCUAUCUCUGAGGCACCAGAAGAUGUGGCGGCUACUUAUAGACGACAAGUGAUGGAUGAGACGAAAGGAGCUCUUCUUAAACCUUACAAAAAGAUGUGCGAGCGGAAAAAGGUUGCUGUAGAAAUUCAAGUUCUUGAAUCAAAUAGCGUUGCAGUGGCGAUAACCAGAGAGGUUAGUAAGCAUUUGAUAAGCAGGCUUGUCAUUGGACGCUCAUCUCAUAGACAAUAUUGCACAUAUAGGAAUCGUGACGUUACGGCGAAAAUAGCAGCCUAUGUAUCAAACAUUUGCACAAUAUAUGUUGUCUCAAAAGGAGUCUACAUUAUUUCGAAAAAGUCAUCGUCAGAUGCGGAGAUGAAUGAAACUAUAAUAGAUUCUGGUAGUGAGAUAAGUACCGAUACAUCUAGUUGUUCUUCUGGUCCAAGACAAAUCUCAGCUGCAAUGUCAAAUGCACUGAAAUCCAAAUCUCUUGCUAUGUCCGGCAAGAGAUUGCAACAUCUCCCGACAAUAGUAAGAGGAAUUUCUGUUUGUAUGGAAACUAGUUCUGUUGACUCAUAUGACACUACAAGUAUGUUUUCGGAUGCUGGAGAAGAAGUUAGCAAGAGAAGUAGCCCUGAAACAUCGCGUACCAUCUCUUGGAAUCCUCCUCGGAGUUGUAUGCCUAGCAACGAAAAUGUUACUCAAGGUGAAGAUUAUGUCACAAACAACCAGGACAUGUUCCACGAAAUUAGAAAGCUGAGAGAUGAACUUAGACAGGCUCAAGGAAUGUAUGCACUGGCUCAAGUAGAAGCCUUGGAUGCUUCUCUCAAGCUGAAUGAGCUUCAUGAGCUUCAUGAGUUUGAAGAGUUCUCGCUUAAGGAACAUGUAACAAAGGGGUUAGAAGAAAAGGAAACACAAACGUCUGAGCAGAUGAGAAGAGAAGCUAGAGAGGUAGCACGCAGAAGAGAAGCCGAUAUGAAAGCAACCAGUGAAGCCAAAGAAAAAGACAAGAGUGCCCGUGUGGCUCCUAAGCUGCAAUACCAGGAGUUCAGUUGGGAAGAAAUAAUAACCGCAACUUCAUCAUUUUCUGAAGAUUUGAAGAUUGGAAUGGGAGCUUACGGGGAUGUUUACAAAUGCAAUCUGCAUCAUACAAUCGCUGCUGUCAAAGUUUUGCAUUCCGCAGAAAGUGCGCUGUCCAAGCAAUUUGAUCAAGAGCUUGAAAUCUUGAGUAAGAUCAGGCAUCCACACUUGGUUCUCCUUCUAGGCGCGUGUCCAGAGCACGGUGCUCUAGUUUAUGAGUACAUGGAAAAUGGUAGCUUGGAAGAUAGACUAUUCCAAGUCAACAAUACUCUACCAAUUCCGUGGUUCGUCCGGUUCAGAAUCGCUUGGGAAGUAGCAUCAGCUCUCGUUUUCCUCCACAAAUCAAAGCCGACACCAAUCAUCCACCGUGACCUUAAACCAGCCAACAUCUUGCUUGAUCACAACUUUGUCAGCAAAGUAGGAGACGUGGGUCUCUCCACAAUGAUCCAAGUAAACCCUUUAUCAACCAAGUUCACAAUGUACAAACACACUAGCCCCGUGGGAACAUUGUGCUAUAUCGAUCCCGAGUAUCAGCGAACCGGGAUGUUAUCUCCCAAAUCAGACGUCUAUGCUUUUGGAAUGAUCAUUCUGCAGCUUCUUACCGCUCUACCGGCUAUAGCACUGACGUAUAAAGUAGAAACAGCCAUGGAGAACAAUGACGGGUUGAUACAGAUUCUUGAUAAAAAAGCUGGUGAUUGGCCAAUGGAAGAAACCCGUAAGUUAGCGGCUUUAGCCCUCUAUUGUACAGAGAUCCGUGCUAAAGACAGGCCUGAUCUUGAAACUCAGAUUCUUCCAAUGUUGGAGAGCUUGAACAAGGUUGCUGAAAACAUGAGUUCCUCUGGGCCGAAGCAACCUCCUACUCAUUUCCUCUGCCCAUUACUUAAGGAUGUGAUGCAUGAGCCAUGUGUUGCGGCUGAUGGUUAUACCUAUGACCGGCGAGCCAUAGAAGAAUGGAUGGCGGACCACCGUACCUCGCCGGUGACUAAUUUACCGUUACAAAACAUUAAUCUUUUGCCCAAUCACACUCUUUACGCAGCCAUUGUUGAGUGGAGACGUAUUAAUCACUAA